CGUCUUCCCUGCGCGGGCUGCGGUCCUGCUCCAUAGUUGCUUUGCAGCCAAGCCAUGUCUCGGGCACCGCCAGCUUAUCUCCUCGCCACAAAGCAAGGAAUCCAAAGCAAAGGCAACGGCGGCCAAGUUAGUAGCUAGGUUUACAGCCAAAACACGGCGAUCCUAAAACCACAACCCAAAAACGGGAAGCGUGCACGCGGCAGGCACACGCACACGCACACGCACACAAACCUGGGCUCUAGCCUCUAGCUCACUCCCCGCGCGCAAUGGCCAACGCAGCCCCAACUCCCACGCAAACGAGCCAUGUCUCGCGGCCGAUUCCUACAGGCCUCGUGCCCGUGGCCGUGCUUGUCGCCGCCGCCGCCGGCCUCCUCGCGCUGCUGCCGUCAGUGGCCCAGGCGGUGUGGGAGGUGCCGCACCUCUUCCUCCUAGGCGCCGUCAUCUCCUUCGGCGUCUUCACCCAGAGCCAGAGGAACAACGGCGCCGACGGCAGUGGCAAUGGCAACGCCGCCAGCGCCAAGGACAGCCCACUGGCGUGGAACGCGCGGUACCACCCCGACGACGACCCCCUCGUCGUGGUCGAAGAUCACGCGGUGCCGCGCGGCGACGACGACGACGGGCUGGAAGGCGCGCGGGAGAGGCCGCUUUCCCUGCCGGUGCGGAGGCUGAAGCUGAAGCCUGCGGCUGCGUCGCGGUCGCAGGAGUCCGAAACCGGCGGCGAUGCCAGUGACGGUUUCGGUGAGGAGACGGAUAGCUGUGCGUCGUCGUCCGGGUUUUGGGCCGGCGCGCGCGCCGUCCCUUCGCCGCCCUCUGUUCUCGACGCCCAACAGUGUGAAGAACGACCGUUCUUUGUCCAACACAGCGCCAGCAAGUCCCGUGGGUGCAGUGCCGCGACUCCGGCUCCGGGUGCGCCCACCGUCUCGAGGGGCUUCGUCCAGUGGUGCCAUCCUUCGGUGCCCGGCGACAAGCAGCCGUUGAGCGACGACGGCGAGGUCACCGACUGGGAUAAUGAGGAUGCCGACGGGUCGUCCGAUGAGAUGACAGCGGCCGUGUCGUCAGAAAGGUCGGUCCCUGGGGACUUGGCCUCUUGUGCCAGUGACUGUAACGACGGCGACGGCGACGACACGUCUGUGGAUGAAGAGCUUUUGAAGCUGGCGGCGAAGGCGGAGCCGGACAGGGAGGAGGAAGUGGACAGGAAGGCCGACGAGUUCAUCGCCAAAUUCAGGGAGCAGAUCAGGCUCCAGAAGCACUAGCCGGACAUGCAUACAUGCUCUGCUGAGUGCCGACACACGUAAUGCCACUGCUGGUCCAGCACGAAGGAGAACGCAGUGGUAGUUUGUUCAUCUAUCUAUCCCAGCAUGUUAUUAUCUGUAUCAUUUUAUUUUAUUUUUUUGUUGCUCCGAUGCAACAACAAGGAGCCAAAAACAUGGUGUACAUGAAAUGCAUAUUGAGC